CUUCAUCGUCGCGUCAUCAGCAAGAACCUCCGUAGUGCAAUCCACACACCCCUAGCCUGAUUCCAGAGCACGCGCCGGCCAGCCUUACUAGUUAGUUCGCCGGAGAAGCCGUCGGCGGCGGCGACGGGCACCACCAAGAUGGCGUACAUGCGCGUGACGCACCGCGACGAGGAGGGCAAGAAGGUGACGGAGAAGAUGCCGAUCCCGGAGACGCGGCGCCCCGACACGGCCAAGCACUUCGAGCGCAAGCUGGAGGAGCAAGGGUUCCACCGCCUGGAGCGCCACCCGGCCAACGGGCCCGCGCGCGGCAUCGGCGCGCCGCCGCCCAAGUCCGGCCGCGGCGGGAAGUUCACCUGGGAGGGCCCCGACGGCCUCGUCGACACCCAGCUCGACCCCGCCCCUCCCGCCAUCGACCCCGACGACCCCAACUACGAGGAGGACGGCGCCGCCGGCGAGGUCGACGAGGAGGUCGUCGUCGGAGAGGUGGAGGUCGCCAAGGUUGCUGAGGCCAGGGACGGCGUCGCGAGGGUCGAAGUCGUAGCGCCGCCGCGCCAGCCAGAAAAGCAGGAGCAGAAGCAGUAAUCGCCGGCCGGUCGCCGGCCGCCAUUAGUGACCUCGAGAGAGCUGAUGAUCCUUGUGCGUUGUUGAGUGCGUGUUUGGGUGCAGGUCUUGCUAUAAUUUAGUUUUGUCCGUUUGCAGCAUGUAAAAAUUGAGGUAUUUUGUUUAAUCAGUAUUAUCUCCGCUUAUAACCGCUUCAGCUUAUAAAGAUGUUUUUUUAUUACUGGAUCGCAAUCUAAACAAAUAUUUUCUCA